GUCACGUGGGCGCAGGUGAGUUGGGACCUGGCCUCUACCGCCCCCACAGUCACACCUGGGAGGGCGGUGCCGUGUCACGUGACUUGCACCGGAGGCGCCCGGCCGGCCGAGGCAGGUAACUUGGUUUAAAGCAGAUAAAAUGGUGAAACUAAUUCACACCUUAGCUGAUCACAGUGAUGAUGUCAACUACUGUGCCUUCUCCUCUUCCUGCUUGGCUACUUGCUCCCUGGACAAAACAAUCCGCCUCUAUUCUUUAAACAACUUUACUGAACUUCCCUACUCGCCAUUAAAAGGUCACACUUAUGCUGUCCACUGCUGCUGCUUUUCUCCUUCUGGACACAUUUUAGCUUCAUGUUCGACAGAUGGUACCACGAUGCUGUGGAAUACUCGUAAUGGUCAGACGCUGGCAGUGCUGAAGCAGCCCCGAGGCAGCCCUGUAAGAGUCUGCCGAUUUUCCCCUGACUCCGCUUACCUAGUUUCCGGUGCAGCUGAUGGUAGCAUCGUUCUUUGGAAUGUGCAGUCAUUGAAAUUGUACAGAUCUGGGAGUGUUAAGGAUGGUUCCUUGGUGGCAUGUGCGUUUUCUCCUAAUGGAAAUCUCUUUGUCACUGGAUCAUCAUGUGGAGAUUUAACCAUUUGGGAUGAUAAAAUGAGGUGCUUGUAUAAUGAAAAAGGACAUGAUCUUGGUGUCACCUGCUGUGAUUUUUCUUCACAGGCAGUUUCUGGUGGAGAACAAGGAUCCAGAUACUUCCGAAUGGCAUCUUGUGGUCAGGAUAACCAGAUCAAGCUUUGGCUUAUUUCACUUGCUGAUCUCUUAGGUUGUGAAUUAAAAUAUGAAUGCACAUUGAAUGGACACUCUGCCCCAGUCCUGGCUUGUGCUUUUUCCUAUGAUGGGCAGAUGUUAGUCUCAGGAUCUGUGGACAAAUCCAUCAUAAUACAUGACACUAAAACUGGGAGCAUCCUGCACACUUUAACUCAGCAUACCAGAUAUGUUACAACUUGUGCCUUUGCACCAGAUAUUCCAUUACUUGCAACAGGUUCAAUGGAUAAAACUGUGAACAUUUGGCAAUUUGAUCCAAAGCAACAUUGUGCAGGAAGUAGACUGGAAGAUGAACCUAAGAUGUCUAUUGAGAACUGGUCAGAGGAAGAGGUCUCAGUCUGGCUUUGUGCACAAGGUUUAAAAGACCUUGUUGGGAUUUUCAAGAUGAAUAACAUUGAUGGCAAAGAGCUCCUGAGUCUUACAAAACACAGUCUGACUAACGACGUAAAAAUUGAAUCUCUAGGUUUACGCAGUAAAGUCUUCCGGAAGAUUGAGGAGCUGAGGAGCAAUGUGGAUUCUGUUUCUCUUGGUAUUCCUGAUGAAUUCUUAUGUCCUAUAACUAGGGAGCUUAUGAAGGAGCCUGUCAUUGCAGCAGAUGGCUAUUCCUAUGAAAAAGAGGCAAUGGAAAACUGGAUCAGCAAAAAGAGACGGUCUAGUCCCAUGACAAAUCUCCCUCUCCAAUCUCUUAUACUUACACCAAAUAGGACUUUGAAAAUGGCCAUCAAUCGCUGGCUAGAGACUCAGCAGAAAUAUAAUGAAACAACUUAGUCUUGAAUACACCAAUUGUUCUGUCAAAUUAAUUGCAAUGAAAUUGUAGGUAGUGGCAGGAAAUAACUAUCAGAAAUCUUAAAACACUGGAAAGGAAAAAGGUAAGCUUCUGUCCAUGAUGUCUUUAGUCUGUAACUCACAUAGAGUCCCUUAAAUGCAGAACUUUAAACCAAAAAAAUGAUUUUGGUGUCUAAUAAACUAUUAGUUUCUUUUUAAUAUUUGAGCUUUAAUUACAAUAUUUUUGUAUAAGAAAGUUCAAAUGCUAAUUGAAAAUAUGUAGGCUUGGCAGAAUUUGAUUUUUUAUUCUUUUAUA